AUGGAAUCUGAAGCGAGAAAUGGUCAUAAUGCUAGUGCCAAGCAUCCAAGCUCGUCUCCUAUGAUUGGACACAAGGAUCGUUCUGACAAAAACAACAAUCUUGACCCAAGUCAGAAUGCGCGACUCGACGUUGCCUCCGACGUUGAGAACAGUAUUGAUCCUUCUAUUUCGGUGGAUGCUUCCGCAGGAAUUGAGUCUUCGACAGGUACGGCACCUAGUAUAAAUGAUGAUUUGGCAAGCAUAGAUCAGCAAUUGAACACCUCGCACUCUUCUGUACUUAGCAGAACGAAUCAUCGUCGCCAAUAUUCAGAGAAUUCCCUUUUUUCUUAUAAUGCUCGUCCUGAGUCGUCAGUUUUGCUUGGAGUCAAUAAAUUAUCGGAAGCCAGCAUUUCGCCUUUGGGCAAAAACUCUAUAUUUGAGUUAGUCCAAAACUUGAACUAUACCAAACGUGCUACUAGUUCAGGUCAGCUUUCUUUAGGAAGUAGCCAGGCUUCAAUUAGCUUAAGAGGACCAACCACCCGUGAUAUACCCAUGACUCAAUUGUCAAAAAUUUCGAAAGUCAAGUCUUCGCAGCUGAAAUCCUACUCUGACUUGCUGCAAAACGAGUAUUCAAAAUUCAAGUUAAACAAAACAUUGACCGAAUCGACACUGGAGGCAUUCAUCAAUCAGUUGGAUCGAGGAAAAGGGCAGGAGAGUACUGAAAAAUUCACCUCUGAGACCAAUUUUCUUCCAAGUGAGAAAGACGAAGCUGAGCUUGAACAGAAUUCCUUAAUCAACAUUCCGCAUGUUUAUUUCAGUCAAGACUUUCGACUGGAUGACCCUCGAAUUUUUGCGGAAGUUAUUGAAAAUUGUACAAUUUUGAAGUCCACCACCGAUUUUAAUGAAGAUGGCAGCGAGAGACGAUUAGUGAAUAAUCACGAGCUGCAAGAGAAAUUAUCUUCUUACCUUGAUAUCAUAGAGAUUCAGCUCAUACGAGAAAUCUCAAAGUCAUCUGGGUCAUUUUUCAGUGCUCUUGGCGACUUGAAUAACAUUACAGUGAAGUCCAACCAUCUGACGAAAUAUUUGGGUAAAUUAGAUUCAGACUUGCAGUUGGUUGAAGAGCAACAAGCAAACAAGGCAAUGAAUCUUCUUGAUUUGGUAAAAAGACGGAAGAAUGCAGAAAAAUUGGAACAAGGUUUACUACAGAUCUUCACGAUCAUGCACCAAGCGGACUUGGCCGAGUCGUCUUAUUACAAUGCUAACUACGACAAAGCCCUUGAACUAGCAGAUUCUGUGUUUGCUCUAAUACGAGGAAACAAUCCAUCUCAUUUUCUUGUGGAUAAUAUUGUGGAAAAGUGGCCUUAUCCUCUCGAGGAUCUGAACAGAGUUAGUGCGCUUUCUCCACUCAAACGGCUUCUUGUAAAUUUGGUCGCUGAUACUGGAAAGUCAUACUCAAAGUUAUUCAACGAUACCUUGAUCGUCGAUCUAAGGAAUCAUUAUGAGCAGAUACCCCAAAUGAGGACUAUUGAGAGACUACAAAAAAAUCUUCAACAACAGUCUAAAAAUAGUGAUAGCUCCACUCUGAACUUGGAAUACAAAUCAAUUGACGCAAAGUUUUCAAACCAAUUAAAAGAAUAUAUGAAUGGACUUGCAAGAUGUGGAGAAAUGAGAUCUGCCUUUAAAUCUUACGAGGACAAAUUCUCGACAGAAUUGAAAAGCAUAAUUAGGUCAAAUCUUCCAGGUGAAUCAAUUGAAAGUACCUCCAAAGGAAGUAUCUCUGGAAGAUCUGACGGGAGUAAGAGCACGACAGCUCAACAUGGUGGACAAGGAAAUCUUGGGAACAGCGUUAAAGUUAUGACUCCAAGAGAAUUUGAAGACAUGCUCUUAAGAACUUUCAGCCAGCUUUCGGAAGCUCUGCGCAGGCUUACGACACAUAGGCGCAUACUACUUGAAAUGGGACUUGAUUCUAUGAGUGCAAUCGACUCCAAUAUAUUCCAAAAACAACCCGAUCUGGCUCUGGAUCUCGAUCUUACAAAGUCUAUUUCAGAGUCCAUUGAUAUGGUCCAGAGGAGAAUGUCGAAAAUAAUUGGUGUUCGAGAUGUACAGAAUUCUUCAGUUACAUUGGAAUAUUUUUUAAGAUUCUUCGAUAUAAGCGCAAUGUUUCAUGUUGAGUGCGAAUUGAUUUCCAGCGGUACUUCCAAAACGUCGGCUCUUCAAGAUGUGAUGGCUGCUCAAUUUUCAAAAUUCAAUGUGCAAUACCAGAAAACGACAUUGAAAAUUAUGACACAGUUAAUUGAAAAAGAAAUGUGGAAAGAAUGCUCAAUACCAUCGCAUAUCCAAGACCUCCUCAACCAGAUAGUGGAGUCUGCAUCGGAUGAUUUUAGUGGAGCGGAUUGGCUCUCAUUCCACUCUAAGAUUUCCCCGGUUUCAAAAACCGACACUUCAGCCAAUGAUAUAUCUGAGAGGAAGACUUUGACAAUUGAAGGACAAUCAAUGAUAUUGCCUGAGGUGAUAUCUGAGGUGCUUGUUAUGAUCAAAAAUUACGAGAUAAUCAAAUUAAAGUUCAACUCCUCAAACGAUACAUAUAUCGUUGAUUUCCUAAAGCUGCUUAAUUUGAAGACUCAUCAGGCAGUAUUAGGAGCGCAGGCAACUAAAACCGCUGGCUUAAAACAUAUCACACCAAAGUAUCUCGCAGUGGCAUCGCAAUUUGUGAAUUUCCUGGCUCUUCUAACUCCAUACUUGAAAGCAUUUUUCAAGAAGCACAGCAAAGCCCAAAUUUUCAAUGAAGGCGAAUUUGAUAGAAUAAUUGGUAUUUUUCGAGAUCAUCAGUAUGAAAUAUUUGACAAGCUGAUUACACUCAUGACGGAUCGAAUGCAUGUUCAUUCUCGGGAAAUUAAACUUGUAAAUUGGUCUCAACCUCUCCCCCAUCAACAGGCUCACAAAUACAUGGAGAUAUUAGUCAAAGAAACUCUGACAAUUGCCAGAGUUUUGCAACGGUAUCUUCCAGAAUCUCAAUACACUGAUGUUCUCUCAAGAAUCUUUGAGGGUUACGAACAAUCAUUUGUUGACUGCUACCAAAAUUUAGCUUUCCGUGAUGCAAUUGAGAAAGCAGUAGUGAUGAGAGAUAUUGAUUACUUCCGGGAGAAACUUGGUGAAGUUACGGGGUACAACAACUCCGGUCAACGCAUUUGGGAUUGUGUCAACGCUCUUUCGACCGAGGAAGAUUUGAGGAUGGAGAGCAUAAUGAGAGAUAACAUUAGAGACGAAAACGUCAAGAAUCUAGCUUCACCGCUCCGAGCCUCACCAGAGAAGCCAGAUAAAGGCUUGGAUAAUCCUAUAAACAUCUCAAGAAGCAAAGCUAUUGCCAGCAGUAGUGAAGAGCUUCAAGCUCACAGCGAGGAAACGGAAAAAUCCCUUGCAUCCGCCCCAGUGGACGGUCACAGAAUCGAAGAAAAUGGCGAGAAAGAACCGAAUGUGCUCAGCGAUUAG